AUGGAGAUUCAGGUUGAAAAGGCCAAAUUGACAGGAUUUGGGCUCCCCGACGACUCUGCAGCAGCAUACGGAGUUCCGAGAGACUGCACCCAAAGAACAAACGUCCUAGCCAGUAGACUAUUAAUCUCGAGGGACCAGAAUGAUCAGCGGCCUAACACGAUCCACGACAUAUCAUUUUCGCGACUGAAGAGGACGGAUUUUGUGGACAACCCAGGGGCAGAGGAGCUCUGGCUGAGAUACAUCGACUGUGCAAGUCAUGGAGAAGUACUCGCAGUUCCGGGAUCGAGCUUCGGGAAUCGCUCCGUUUCUACCUAUCGAAGCCUGGGAACUAAGAUAUCUCUCUGGACAAUACUGGGUAUACCAGGCAUAUGGUGGGUGGACCUACAGAUAGAGGGGGUUAAGAAAGGGUCGCUGGCCAAGCACCUACAAACACGUCUCCCAGGACCGGGAACGGUAAUUGCUUCGUCGUUCACUAGCCCCAUUGACGUUAUCUACCUGGCAGCCAUCUUCAACCCGGUGUUCACCAGCUCUUACCCGGGGACACGAAAAGUAAAGCAAGUUUCGCUUCUGCAAGCCAUCAUCCAUGCAUUUGACUCGCCAGAACCGACGCCACCCCAUUCUUCCAAAGCAGAUCUAACUGACAUCUCAACGCUUAUCAAGCGAUAUCCAAAUCGCUGUAUUGUCGUUUUCCCUGAAUGCACUACCACUAAUGGUAAGGGAAUCCUCGAGCUCAGCCCUUCCCUCUGUUCAGCGUCACCUUCUACAAAAAUAUUUCCUAUCAAUCUUCGCUAUGAGCCGGCUGAUGUCACGACGCCGAUCCCUGGAGCUUAUGUACGGUUUAUUUGGAACCUGUUGAGCAAACCAAGCCAUUUUAUUCGAGUGCGCGUUGCCGAGAGUGUCAGCCAAGAAACUGCAGCAAACAUACCUGUCCAAAGCAAGCAAGGCGACUCUGAUGCAUCGUUAAAUCCCGAACAGCAGAAUUUGAUGUUUGUGGUCGGCGAUUCACUUGCCCGUUUGGGACGAGUGAAGAGGGUUGGGCUAGGAGUUAGACAGAAACAGGAGUUUGUUAGAAUGUGGGACAAAACUAGAAGGUGA